CGCCGCGGCAGCUUCUCACAGCCGGAGCUCGUAGGCGCGGACCGACCAUGGCGCGCAAGAAGGUGCGGCCGCGGCUGAUCGCCGAGCUGGCCCGCCGCGUGCGGGCCCUACGCGAGCAGCGGGAGCGGCCGCACGACUCACAGCGCUAUUCCCUGGACUACGAGACGCUGACGCGGCCUCACUCGGGCCGCCGGCUGCCGGUGCGGGCCUGGGCCGACGUGCGCCGCGAGAGCCGCCUGCUGCAGCUGCUUGGCCGCCUGCCUUCAUUCGGCCUGGGCCGCCUAGUCACGCGCAAAUCUUGGCUGUGGCGACACGAUGAACCGUGCUACUGGCGCCUCACGCGUGUCCGCCCGGACUACACUGCGCAGAACUUGGACCAUGGUAAGGCCUGGGGUAUCCUGACCUUCAAAGGAAAGACUGAGGGCGAGGCCCGGGAGAUCGAACAGACCAUGUACCACGACUGGCGGCUGGUGCCCAGGCACGAGGAGGCGGCCUUCACCGCUUUCAAGCCGGUGCCAGAGGACACUGUGCGCUCUGUGCCCUACCCACCGCUGCUCCGUGCCAUGAUUCUAGCAGAGCGACAGAAAAAUGGGGACACCAGCACCGAAGAGCCUGUGCUGAAUCUGGGCAGAAUACGCAUUGAUCCCUGGGACUACCCUGUGAAACUGGAGGCAAAGAGAAAGGCCAAGGGCACUCCAGUCUAAAAUGCCAGAACCGGCAGCCUGCCUGAAGGAUGCCGGCAUCCCUUCCCGAUCAUGCGUUGCCUCGGCCAGGACCUAAGCUUGGACGCGAAUAAAGGCAAAUGAAGCAGCCCUGGGAUGUAGUUUCUUCGAGUUUGGGUCGGGGGACUUGGCUGAUGGUCUGCAGGAGUGUGGGGAGAAAAAGACUGAUACCUUGGUGUAUCUGGCCCGGUGGAUGGGAAGACAGGAGCGGAUUGGGGUGGCACAGACGUGGUAGCCGCAGAGCUCCUAGGGUAAACGACCUCAGGCAUGGCUUCACCACGUUCCCCCAGCUCUC